AUGCUGUUAUUAGCGCUCAUCGCUACAUCUAGGGAACAGCAGCCAGACUAUUACCAUGACUUGCACCUGCCGCAUGAUCCACCACUAUACCCAGUAUUCCAUCACGCCCCACAUACUCAAUUUACCUGCGCAGGACGUACUAUAGGAUACUACGCCGAUGUGCAGUCUGGUUGCCAGGCAUUUCAUUUCUGCUGGCAUCAGAGGGUGAUUAGUACGGAGCUUUGUACAAACGGAACUCUCUUUAACGAACAGUUUCAGGUAUGUGACCACUUCUAUAAUGUUCGUUGUGGAUCUCCAUAUGAAGACUUA